GAGGAUGCUGGUGGUGGAGGUCGCUAAUGGCCGCUCCCUGGUGUGGGGCGCCGAAGCCGUGCAGGCGCUGCGGGAGCGCCUGGGAGUCGGGGGCCGCACGGUGGGUGCCUUACCCCGGGGCCCCCGCCAGAACUCGCGCCUGGGCCUCCCGCUUCUGCUGUUGCCCGAAGAAGCCCGGCUCCUGGCCGAGAUAGGAGCUGUGACCCUAGUCAGCGCCCCGCGCCCGGAUCCCCGCAACCAUGGCUUGGCCCUGGCAUCGUUCAAACGCCAGCAAGAGCAGAGUUUUCAGGAGCAGAGCACUUUGGCCGCUGAGGCCCGAGAGACCCGGCGUCAGGAGCUGCUGGAGAAGAUAGCAGAGGGCCAGGCUGCCAAGAAGCAGAAGCUGGAACAGGAUUCAGGGGCGGAUGAAGGCCAAGAAGCCGGUGGAAGCGAAGCUACCCGAGGUAGUGAGACCAGUGAGGAUGGCCAGGCUUCUGCGGAGCAGGAGGGAGCCAGUGGAAGCUUAGAUUCUUCAUCUCCUCAACCAGGACCUUCAAACGGGGUGACCCCCUUGCCCAGAUCAGCCCUGCUCAUCCAGCUGGCCACUGCCAGGCCUCGGCCUGUAAAGGCCAAGCCUCUGGACUGGCGUGUGCAGUCCAAAGACUGGCCGCAUGCUGGCCGUCCUGCUCAUGAGCUUCGCUACAGCAUCUAUCGAGACCUGUGGGAGAGAGGUUUCUUCCUCAGCGCAGCUGGGAAGUUUGGUGGUGACUUCCUGGUUUAUCCUGGUGACCCGCUGCGAUUCCACGCUCACUACAUCGCUCAGUGCUGGUCUGCUGAGGACCCCAUCCCACUUCAGGACCUGGUCUCCGCCGGCCGCCUGGGAACCAGUGUCAGAAAGACCCUGCUUCUCUGUUCCCCUCAGCCUGAUGGGAAGGUGGUCUACACCUCUCUGCAGUGGGCCAGCCUGCAGUGAUCCCUAGAGACUGAGGGGGGUGUGGCUGUGUGCGGCAAGAAUGCUCC